GCCGGUGGUGGAGCUCAGGCUCUUGCACAUUCUCAGGUUCGGUUUUUCGCUGCGCGACGAGUGGUGGCCGUUCGUUCUUCCGAUAGCCGGAGCCGCCGUCGAAUCGAUCUCCGGCGGCCGAUCGCCGUCCUCGCAACCGCCGCACACGGCAAGAGAGAGAAGAGAGAGAGCGAGAGAGAGGAAGGGAGGCGAAGAUGAAGACGACGAAGGGAGGCAAGGUGAUGAACCCUACGGACGCGUACCGGAAGGAGCUCCGCAAGAAGGAAUUGAAGCGGAACAAGAAGGAGAGGAAGAAGGUGAGGGAGGUGGGGAUUCUGAAGAAGGACCCCGAUAACUUGAAGGAGCAGAUUGAGAAGCUGGAGAUGAUGAAAGCUGAUGGUGCUCUGGAUAAAGCUAGAAAGCACAAGAAGAGGCAACUGGAAGACACACUUAAUCUUGUUCUAAAGAAGAGAAAGGAAUAUGAAGAGAAGAUGCGUGAAAAGGGUGAAACCCCUGUCAUGUUUAGCCAUCUGGGACCCCCUCCAAGAAGGGCAAGUGCAGAUGAAGAGAGAGUCAAGCACCCCAAGCCUGAGGAUUCUGUAUACUUCCAUCCUACUCUCAAUCCCACAGGAGCCCCACCACCUGGGAAGCCCCCAAUGUUUAAAUCAUCAAUAGGACCUAGAAUUCCAUUAUCUGGUCCUUCUGCAAGCACUUCCGCUGGUGCGUCGUCAUCUAAUUCAGGCGCAGAGGAUGAUCCUUCUGCAGUUCCUCCUCCUCCUCCACCACCACCUCCUCCACCUGUGCCAUUGGCCUCUGGUGAUGCCUCUGCCUUAGCUGCAUCUUUGCCUCUACCUCCUCCUCCUCCAUUGCCACCAAAGCCUGCUGCCACCAAUGUUGGUACUCCUUUGCCUCCACCACCUCCAGGUCCCCCUCCUCCUCCUGGUCCACCACCUAAAGAAACUGUUGGAACUGGCCUUUUACCUCCACCACCUCCACCUCCACAACAAUCUGCUCAGCCACCACCUCCUGGGGUUAAUGAUAGAAUUGUAUCCACAUUGUCAGCAGAUCGCCAGGGACCUGAGGAUACUCAGGUACCUGCCAUGCUUCCAUUACCACCGCCUCCUCCAGGAUUGCCACCAAAGUCUGCAGGCAAUCCAUCUGAGGGCUCACUUGAAAAUGAAGCCAGUAAUCCUUCCGACAACAUGGAUGUCGCUAACUUGGUCCCACCACCACCGCCUCCUCCAAGGCAACAACAGCCAGUGCCUAGACCUGGUAUGAUGCCAACCAUGCAGUCUGAUGUGUUACCGCCCGGCAUGUCACGUUUUCGGCCACCGCCACCUCCACCAGAAAUGCGGCCACCUUUAUCUGCUGCUGGGCUUCCCAACCAAGGGGUCCCACCAGGAAUGAUGGUUCCCUUGCUUCCAAGGCCACCAUAUGGCCCUCCGCCUGGAGCUCCUCCGAUGAUGAGGCCUCCGCUUCCACCUGGUCCACCACCCACUCUGCUAGAAGACGAUCUUGCUGCUAUUAGGCCACCUGUACCCCCGAAGCCAUCAUAUGUGAAGUCAGCAGCCCCCACUGUUGUAAAAAGGCCACUUGCUCAGCACACACCGGAACUUACGGCCAUGGUUCCUGCAUCUGUUCGGGUGAGGCGAGAGUCUGCAGUUCCAAAAUCGAAACCAAAAGCAGCAGUCUCAACGGCAGUAGCAGCCCCGCGACCUGUGACUCCUACAGUUGUGAAGCCAGAGGUUGUUAGUUCAUCUUCCACCGUCCCAAAGGGCAUUGAUGACUCGUACACGGCUUUCUUGGAGGACAUGAAAGCACUUGGUGCACUGGACAGUUAAAAAUGCGAUAGCGGCCUGUGUUUUCAAUAGGAGGAACAACAUAGAUCCAACACACAGGUGAACUUUUAAGCUGGCUAUUUCUGGGGUACGUGGCAUUGCACAAGUAAUCGUUAACCUCUGUACAGCAGACUUGAAUGCUGUUGAAGUAGUGCUAGUUGCAUCGUUGGGUUCCUUCUUUGCUGCCAACUUAUGUCCCAGAUGAUUGCGGUGGCUUUGUGGUAGGGAGAACGGAGACAUGCAGUCUGAUUCCUAUCAGAAUUAUCUGCUCAUUUUGCUCUUUCGAACUGAAGGCAGCUAGAUCUUCCAUUCUCUGUUUAGUGGUUUUAUUUUUUGGUGAAUAUUCUCUGUUUAGUGUUGAUCAACUACUAAUUCAAAAGCCGUGGUAAUUUGAGGGAAAGGAAUUCAAAUUUGGCAGUGUAAAACUUUAGGGCUUCCCUUCUCAUUUAGCUGUUUUCAACCAAAAAAAGAAAAU